GACUUCAAAAGUCACCUGCCAAUCGACCUAGUUUCAUUUGUCACUUGUGUACACUGGACGCAGGGUUACUAAUGGUAUACAUAAACCAGUUGACAGGGUUAAUGUGAAAAAGUGACAACAUGGGAGGACUCUGCUGUUGUCUCGAAUCUGCUAAAGAUGCAGAUGAGCCUCGAGCAGAGGCUAACGUGAAGACUCCUCUUCUAUCCGGCCAGACAAGUGCCCCUGCAAGCGGCCGCCUGGCAAGGUCAGAUUCCGCGUCGACGGCAAGACAGUUUGCACCUCCCUCGAAACCACAAGGAGGCAGUCAAGAAAAGUACGCGAAGGUAGAGCCGAGACCCACACGUGUGUCUUCAGUGGACAAACGUUUGCAAGAUCACGCCAAGCUGUAUAACGACAUUCUCGAAAAGCGGAAUACACUUAUGAGAACGGUGAAUGAAUUCAAGACCGAAUUAGGCCAGGACAGCGCGUUUGAGAUACUUGAUAGUUGUUUCAAAGAACUGAAGACACGCUUAGGCGAAGUUGAAGUGAAGUUAAAGAGGAAGCAGAAACACUGUAUGGAAAUCGAAUUUGACCCCAAGGAUAUGCCCGACCGUGUGAUUCCGGCUUUGACAAACUUCAAUAAGGCCAACACAUUAAUCCGAGACAUCAUCGACAAGACGCCCUCUGCAGUUGAGUCGAUUCAGUUGGUCGUGAAGGAAGAGGACAAGUUACGCAGAGAGAUUAUGGCGGCCAGUUUGAAAGGAGACGGGCCUGAUGCACUGAAGAACUGCAUGGAAAAUGUCGGAGAUUUAAGACGCGCCCCUGAAAUUUUGGAGGAAAUCAAAAAAGAGAGCAACAAAACAUUUGAUCUGUUGGUCAGCGGCGCGAGGUUGCUUUUUGAGGAGGAGGACAUUUUAAUGUAAAACGGUGAUUUAUUUGGUGGACCAGUGUGUAUUAUACUUACAUAAGGAACAAAACGACUUUUUUCGUUUAUACUAGAUGAUAUAACUUAAUGACGUUUGUUGAAACUGUUCUAUAAUUUACAAAGAUUUUUCUUAAAAAAGAAGAAUUUUACAUUUACUUUUAGUUGAACAUUCCAGUAGCUAUUUAACGUUACAAUUACGCGAACAAUCAUACAGUACCCAACCCUGUUAUUUUACGACGAUGAACGUAACAAUAGCCUAGUAACACCUGUGAAGGGAAAUGCAAGUGGGAGAUACCAACGCAACGUGAAAACUGACCGUAAUAAGAGGCCCUUAAUAACGGGUUUGCUUGUGCCAUUUUCGCUGCUUUAGGUACGAGUAUGAACAUGAUAUGCAUUGGGAACUUGAAACUGACCAGAACUGAAGUCUUUCGUAAGCCACUUGCUUUUGGCAAACUGACACGUCCAUGUUGUACAUACUUGACUCGAAUUGCAUGAACAUAAUAUUGUGUUACCGCAUGUAUUGUGUUAGCUAAUAUAAUCUGUGCGGAAUUGACAGCUACAAGUAUUGCGAGGAAUGUUAGUAAUUGAGCUUUGAUUUGCAUGUCUGUGUUGCACUUGAUAGUGUCUCAAGAGCAUGCCAUUACUAACUCAGAACAUGGUGUCAGAGAUUGUCCGAGUGCACUCGUACCCGAUUUUUCCUGUUUGCAAAAUAUUAAUGACAAUCAAAAGGUUUUGGGUAGGUUUACAGAUCUUUACGAUUUUCUGAAGUACAGUAUUUGAUACACCUCUGAUGGUGGUAGUGGUAGUGUUGGUUUAAUUAUGGAACAAUAUUAUUUAAUAUAUUCGUGUAUUUGAUGCCGAGGUCGACAGUCAGCUGGGCCAGGAGAGAACUCCACAAAAAUUAUAAGAAGAUCAUGUUGUACAUAUUGAUAUAAUGUUUUAUUACGUCCAGUAUUACUCACAAUUUAUAUUCAUUCAUUCAUUCAUUAUUAUUUUCA